AAUAAUCCAGUCAAUAUUAAGAUUGUUUUUGUACGUUGUCUGUUUCUCUGUGCAGCAACUUCCAUCCAUCCAUCUGUUCAUUCAUUCAUUCAACCAAGCAACCAACUAAUAAACCGACCGACCAUUCAUCAGAGCCAAGAGUUUCAAAUACAAGCACGUGUUCUAUUGGAAAUUGUAAUUGUUGUGUAUUAAAGGAAUUUGAAUUUACAAAUAAAUAAAACGAGUCUAAAUUCUACUUAAAAAUGAGUGCUGUCGAUUCGAUUAUAAAUUUUAAACGUGAUCCCAAUGAGGAUUUCUAUGGCAUGCUCAAUUGUGAUGAGAAUUCAUCGAUUGAGCAAAUUCAAGCUGAAUACAAGGUUUUAGCCUUGCAAUAUCAUCCGGAUAAAAAUAGUGGUGACAAGGAUGCCGAAGCUAAAUUUCAAAAAUUAAAGGAAGCCAAGGAGACAUUAUGCGAUCCGGAGAAGAGGGCCAAUUAUGAUAAAUGGCGCAAUAGUGGCAUUGCCAUGAGUUACAAGAAUUGGUUGGGUAUGAAAGAGCACGUUGGUCAGGUGAGAAGAUACACUAUAGCGGAGAAAGUGGAUAAAGAGUCCAUGCAUUGGGCCACACCUAAGACUAAGGAUCGUAUGUUGCCCGAAACAGCUGCAGCCGCAGGAGCUGGUGGCAGUGGUGGUCUUUCCGCUGCCUCACCAAAUCCCGCCCAUCGUCGAGCUUCAGAGGGUGGUGCUGCCCUCUACUAUGGCGGUCGUAAACAAGAAUGGGGCACUGAUAAUUCUGAUGUCGCUAAUAAAUUUCGUAAUUAUGAAAUUUAAAGGAUUGCAAAGGCAAACUUUCCAGGAUGAUUUAUACCAAAUAAUGAACCAAUUUUAAGAGAACUUGUAUUUAGUUAAUUUUCCUAUAAUUUUAAAGAAUUGAGGUAUUUCAAAUUUUAAUGAAACUUUUUCCAGAAUAUCAUUGAAAAAAAUUUUAAUUAGACAGAAAAUGAAAAACAUACAUAUAUCAAGAUUCUAAGAAACCCAUAACUAAAUGUUAAAAUUUACAGAUUAUAAUAAAUAAAUGUUUAUAGAUGUUUUACUUAAUAUUAAAUUUUUAAAAUAUAUAUUAUAUUAAACAAAUAAAUAAAUAAAUACAUACAUAUGUCAUAUUAAA